UGCAUGAAUGGAGAGGGGGAGGAGGAGGGGGAGGAGGAGGAGGACCCGAGCCUAUCGAUAGGAAGUGAACAGCAGCGACAGGGGCGACAAGUGAGGCAGCUUGAGAAGGACGAGCUUGAGUUUCCCGAUGAAGUGCAGACUCCGGACGAUCGGCCCGCCAAGGAGCGUUUCGCGCGCUACCGAGCUCUUAAGAGCCUGCGCACCAGCCCCUGGGAUCCCAACGAAUCCCUGCCUCGCGAGUACGCUCGGAUAUUCAAAUUUUCGAGUUUCGCGGCCUCUCUUGCGCGAGUGACGAGCGAGAUGGAGGAGAGAGAAAAGGCGCAGAAUCGGCACCUGCUGGCGACCUUGUUGCCCCCACCCGCGUCGAGCGCGACGAAGAAAAAAGAUGGGGAAGACGACAGUGGGAUGGAGGUGGAGGAUGAGAAGAGCAGCGACAAGUUCUCGGAGGGAUUUGUGCCGGCGGGCUCCUACGUCACGUUGGAGCUCGGGGGUGUCCCUGCAGAGGUGGGAAAGCGAGCGCAGCGAUUGCAAGCAAAGGAGUCGCCGUUGACGGUCUUCUCGUUGCUGCGUUACGAGAACAAAGUAAGCGUCUUGCACUUCAACAUCCUCAGGCACCCGGCUUGCUCGACUCCCGUUAAGAGCAAAGACCGGCUCGUGUUCUACACCGGCUUCCGCUCCUUCGAGGCCCGCCCCGUCUUUUCGGAGCACAACCUCAAUUGCGAUAAACAUAAAUUUUCUCGCUUCCUACACGGGGGUCGUUUCGCCGUGGCCACCGUCUUCGGGCCCGUCAGUAUGCCCCCUUGCCCUGUCCUCGUGUUUCGCAAGUCGUCGCCUGACGAGAUGGGAGAGGAAGGCAAGACAGCCACGACGCCGUCCAGGACGGGAGGAAGCGGCUCUUUUCUGCCUGCCACAGCCGGGGUGGUGGAGCCAAAAUCACACACGCGCGACCUGACCUUGGUUGCCACAGGUACUCUACACACUGUUGAUCCGGACCGCAUCAUUUUGAAGCGCAUUUUGCUGACGGGUUACCCCAUACGAGUCAAACGGCGCUCGGCGGUCGUCAAGCACAUGUUUUACAAUCCCGAGGACGUGAAGUGGUUCAAACCCGCGGAGUUGUCUACCAAGCUCGGUGCGGCGGGGCACAUACGGGAACCAGUCGGCACGCAUGGUCUGAUGAAAGUGCGAUUCAACCGAAUUAUCCAGCAAAGCGACACAGUAUGUCUGCCUUUAUUCAAACGGGUUUUCCCCAAAUUGUUGCCUGAGGAAAUCGAAGAGGAUGGUGCCCAUGCGGCGCACUUUCCUUAA